GGCGAUUUGCCCAGUAUAGGAGAUAGUCCCGCUUUGACGCGAUUUAACGUUGCUGCAUAUCCACUCACCACACUACCUCUAGGCAGUGCGAUAUGCGCUUGUAGUGACUCCAUCUAGGCGCGAGCGACGACUCGUGCGGACGACUUUAGCGAACCACCCGCGCCCCGCUACGGCCGGUGAGUUAUACCCCCACCCCAUGCCUGCAACCUCCACCGCUUUUAAGGGUCCUCUUGUUCCACUUGACACAAUCCGUCUCUGUCGUCUUGACUCUACGACGGCACGGUGGCUUCAUACCCUCUGCCACACUCUGCAUCCGCAAACUGGCCAUGGAGCUGGAUUUCCUGAGUGACACCGAGGACACAUCGACUCCGGACGAGGCCUCAGCGCUACGCGAUUUCGUGCAGGCCUACAACACCACAAGCGCCCUGGCCGCGGAGGAGACAGCUCGCAGGCUCAUGUCGCUGAAUGAGGACCGCGUGCCAUGCGAUGGCGUGUUCGACAAGGGCCAGCGAAUUGCCUGGCUGCUGUGGGAUGUCGGCAUCUAUAUGCCACAGCAUCAAGUCGCCGUCCUGGUGGUUAUCGACGCGGUGAUGGCCCUUCCCCGCUUGGACGCGACACCUGAGCAGGAAACUCGGUUCGCGGGGAAGCUGGAGCGGUGGAGGAAAAUGGAGGACUUCUGGGAUAUCUGGAACGAUACCUACGAGAGUAUUGGCAAUGGAUUUCCCGGCCACGUCCGGGCUAAUGCAUUCAUGGCCCAUUACCUUCUGAUGCAUCCUCCCGACUUGUGCUACACUCUGGAGCUAAAUAGAGCCAUCGGACAGAUGAUGUUUGCCCUUGAGCGGCAUCCGUGGGACUAUGCCACUGCGGAACAAAAGGCGACCGGGAUCACUAGUCCUAUCUCCCUCCGGUCGUUCAUGGUGCACGAGGCCCAUAUUACCAUGCUUAACACCAACCUUCACGGCUUGGUCCCAUUUCUUGUGAUUGCAGGGGAUAUAAUGUACCGAUACACGGACAGAGAGAUGCUAGCUCGGAGGUUCGCAGAAACACAUCAAGAGAACCAUCAGCACAACUCAAGGGAAUACUGGCAGUGGUUGCAUACAUCUCAUCCUUCCCAAACCCGCCUGUGGAAGGGCGACGUAUGGCUGACACGGGACAGGUGGGCCUUUUGGAAGGAAAGACUUGCAUGGAUUUCAGAGCAGAGCGAGCUCUUGCAAAGGACUCGGGACGAGGCAAACAUGCUUGUGCAGCUAAUGAAGGAGAUUGAGAGUCGUGAGGCGUAA